UGGCGGGGGAAGCAGCGCCCGUUUUAGGGAUCCCUGAAGUGGCUUCGGGAUACUUUUGGUAUCCCUGUCGGAAUUUCGAAAUUCUCGGAGGGGUUUGGAAUCCUUGAGGGAUUUUGGGGUGGCCCUGGUGGGGGGUGGGGGGGGGUACACCUGGACCCCCUUUUUAGGGAGCUGCUCUUGGGGUACCCUCACAACACCGCCCCCACCUUCUCCCACAGCUUCCCUCUUCUUCGGGAUAUCCCUGGAUUCGGAGUUUCCCUGCAAUGCUCCCCUGGUGAUUUCACAUCCUGGGGGUGAGUCGCGGAAAAGCACUCUAUAACCCACAAGAGAAGUUCCAAGAGUAGGGGUCCCCCGAAUUUCACCUAAUUCCCAGAGCUCCAAGAAUCCAUGGAUUCCCUCGUUUUCCUCUGCGCCCGCCGCGUCGUUGCCCAGCGCCCUCUUCCCUCCAUUCCCACCCAUCUCUAUCCCGUCCUUUUCCAAGUGGUGGUCCUGGAUGGAAGACCCCUGGUCCUGCGGGAUUUGGUGCCUGCUUGGCCAUUCCCAGUGCUCAACUUCCAGCAUCUCGUGGGGCACCGGGACCCACUUGGGGAUCAUCCCUGCAUCGACUGUGACCAGGCCGUCAUCCAGGGCGUGGUGUCGCAGCUCCAGCGGGAGCUGGAAGAGCCCAGCAGUGAUUCCGGCAAGUGCUGGCUGCGCGUGCUGGAUAUGACCGGACUCGUAGAUUCCAUGUCCAGCCACACUCCUGCCUGGUUGACCUUCUGGUCCAGAACCAAGGGUUUGGCCAAGGCUUGUGUGGAGGUCUCCAAGCACCACCAGGAAUUCCAGAGGCACAAAUCCAAGCAGCACAAAAGCCGCUCUGGAGCCACAACGGCCGUGGCUGCUCUGUGGCCCCCAGGCGUGGACGUCCACAUCGACCUGGCCGUUGACAAAAUAUCCUAUGGGAUCGUGCGUGACGCGCUCCAGACCGGAGCUGCUGGCCCGCUGCGCCUCAAGUGCCGCGAAUUCCACCCAAGGUACAUCUCAGCAUUCCAGAUUGUGACUUUGUUGGACUCUCUGGAUCCAUCCUGUCUGCGGAGGGUGAAACUGCAUGUCACCAGUUUGGGAUUAGCUGAACUUUCAGUGAUCCUGCCACACCUCUUGCGAUUCCCGGAGCUGCGCAGCCUCAAGCUCUGGAACAUCACCAUAAACGUGCAGGGCCCAACGCCUGAAUCAGCCAGUGUAAUCCGUGACAUGGCCAAGCAGCUGGGAAUGCUGCCCUGCCUCCGGGAGCUCAACCUGGGAUCCGCCCGGCUUCCUGGGAAUCUGCACCAGAUCCUCUGCAACCUCCAGGCUCCGUUGGAAAGCUUGGAAUUGCCCUUCUGCUCCCUCGUUCCUGCCGACCUCGCCUUCCUCUCCCAAAGCAUCCACGCUCCGGCCCUCAAAAGGUUGAAUCUGAGCGGCCUUGAUGUCUCCGAAGGCCUCCUGGAGCCGCUGCGGCUGCUCCUGGAGAAAGCCUCGGCCUCACUGCUGUGCCUGGAUCUCUCGUAUUGCCACAUUGCCGACUCCCACCUGGCCAUGCUGCUCCCGACGCUCCUGCGCUGCUCCCACCUGCGCUUCCUGAGACUCUACGGCAAUCCCCUGUCCACGGCCACGAUCAAGGAUCUGCUCCAGAAAACCUUGGAGCUGCUGGAUCUCCACCUGGUAGUGUAUCCCAUCCCCCUGGACUGCCACACGCUGGACCCAUCAGAAUUCGAUUUUGAUUGCUUUGAUGAGUCUCUGGAUGACAAGCUUUUCUCAGCAACUGAAGCAGAGAUUUCCCAGCUGCUGGAAAAUUCUGGGAGAACCGACCUCGUCUGGACUGACGAUCCUGACCACGAAGACCUGGACUACUUCUCCUUGUGAUUUGGGAAAACCUCAGAGGCGGGAAAAGCUCAGAGCCUCCAUUGCAAAAAAGCUCUGCCGCCUCCUUCCAGAAAUCCAGGUGUUUUCCAUCUUAUCCUGGUGCUUUUCUGCCUCAUUCCAGUGGAUUUUUCCUUUCAUUUUGGUGCUAAACCCUAACCCUAACCCAUCUCUAUCGCGUCGUUUUCCAAGUGGCAUUCCUGGAUGGAAGACCCCUGGUCCUGCAGGAUUUGGUGGCCACUUGGCCUUUCCUACUGCUCAACAUCCAGCUGCUCGUGGGGCACCAGGAGCUGCAUUGGGAUCAUACAUUCGUCAACUGUCUCGAGGCCGUCAUCCAGGGCGUGGUGGCGCAGCUCUGGCGGGAGCUCGAUUUCAGCGACCUCCAGGCUCCGUUGGAAAGCUUGGACUUCGGCUCCUGUUCCCUCCUUCCCGCCGACUUCCUUUCCUCUCUGAAAGCUUCCACGCUCUGGCCCUGAAAAUGUAGGAUCUGGGCGGCCAUGACAUCUCCCAAGGCAUCCUAGAGCCACUCUGGCUGCUCCCGGAGGAAACCUCGGCCUUGUUGGUUGACCUGGAUCUCAUGGAAUGCCGCAUUGCCGACUCCCACCUGGCCGUGCUGCUCCCCACGCUCCUGCGCUGCUCCCACCUGCACUCUACGGCAAUCCCCUGUCCACAGCUGCACUCAAGGAUCUGCUCCAGAAAACCUUGGAGCUGCCAAAUCUCCACCUGGUCGUGCAUCCUUACCACGUUUAUUGCUACAAGCCGGAGCUGUCGGAAUUUGUCUGGGAUUUUGAAUAAGUCUUGGGUCCGGAGCCUUUGUCGGCAGCUGAGGCAGAGAUUUCCCGGCUGCUGGAAAAUACCAGGAGAACUGAAAUCAUUUGGAGUUAUAAUCCCUUCAGCCACAAAGCCCUGGACUACUUCUUGUGAUUUGGGAAAACUUUGGAGACAGGAAAAGCUCAGGUCCUCCAUUGCAGAAAAGCGCUGCUGCCUCCUACCUGAUAUCCAGAUGUUUUCCACCUCAUUCCAGUGGCUUUUUCCUUUUAUUUCUAUGUUUUUCUAGUGACAAUUGAAAUGGGGACUAGUGAUUUGUGAUCAGAAUCUGAAUUUUACUUCGAGCUACAUAUGCUCAUAUACCAUUUUCAGGAAGGUGAGUAAUUUUUUACUACGUUUAUUGGGUUAAACAUUACACAAAUAAACUUUCAGUUUCUACUUGUUAAAUUUUCCUUCCUGUCACCAGUCUUGAUCCAACCUUCCUGUAAUCUUCAAAGCUCUCUUUGCUCUUGCCAAGGCAUCUUGGUUAUCAAACUGCAUUUGCUAAUUAAAUCUACAGUGCUAUCAGU